UCAAUGGCGACGACAACAAUACUGUGGGGGACCUUUCUUCCUAUAACGACUGAAACUAUUCUCUCUCUCUGACCAGUUUUGAUAUUUCAAGUUUAAAAAGCACCCACCCACGUGAGACCUAGAGAAUCUUCCCAAACCUUUGAUUUGGUUGAUCUUGCGCAAAGUUUCCAUUUUUCAUUGAGUUUUCUCGUAUCAUGGAGAAAAAGGAUAGCUCAAUCACAAGAAACAACGAAGAAGAAGAUAAGCGAGUUGGAAGUAAUCUCGAAGGAAGCGGUGGUGUGUCAAAGAAGAAGAUGAAGAUGAAGAGUAUGAGAAGCGGAAAGAGUGGUGAUAAAGAGACGAAGAAGAAGAACAACAAGUAUUGGAUGGGUUGUCUCAGAGCUGAAUCGGACGAGAGUGGAAACGUCGAUUUGACUGUUGAUUUCCCUGGCGAACGUACUGAGCCGACUCACCUAGUCGUCAUGGUCAAUGGUCUCAUUGGCAGUGCUCAGAAUUGGAGAUUCGCCGCUAAGCAGAUGCUCAAAAAGUAUCCUCAGGAUCUCCUCGUUCACUGCAGUAAACGCAACCAUUCUACACAGACAUUUGAUGGUGUUGAUGUUAUGGGAGAGAGGUUAGCUGAAGAGGUUAGGUCAGUGAUCAAACGUCACCCAAGUCUCAAGAAGAUCUCCUUUGUAGGACAUUCUUUAGGUGGCUUGAUUGCUAGGUAUGCUAUCGGGCGUCUUUACGAGCAAGAAUCCCGAGAAGAGCUUCCGCAAAACAGUGACGACGUUGGUGAUACAUGCCCGAUUGAAGAAGCCAAAGAGAGAAUCGCUGGAUUGGAGCCUAUGUAUUUUAUAACUUCUGCAACGCCACACCUUGGUUCAAGAGGACAUAAGCAGGUCCCAUUGUUUUCUGGAUCUCACACGUUGGAGAGGUUAGCUAAGCGUAUGUCCUGGUGUCUUGGUAAAACGGGAAAACACCUUUUUCUGGCUGAUAGUGAUGGUGGAAAGCCUCCGUUACUCCUCCGAAUGGUUAGUGAUUCUAGAGAUCUUAAAUUCAUUUCUGCUUUGCAUUGCUUCAAGCGGCGUAUUGCUUACGCGAAUACAAGUUUCGACCACCUUGUGGGGUGGAGCACAUCGUCAAUCAGACGUCGCAACGAGCUUCCUAAGCUUCAACGCGGUCCAGUCAACGAGAAAUAUCCUCACAUUGUGAACAUUGAACCGCCGGAUACUGCAAGUAAGCAUGAGGAAGAUCAAUCAGAGAGCAAUCCAAAUGAGUUCAAGAAUUUCGAUAUGGAAGAGGAGAUGAUAAGAGAAUUAACAAAAGUAAGCUGGGAACGAGUCGAUGUUAGUUUCAGAGGAACCCUGCAAAGAUUUCUCGCUCACAAUACCAUUCAGGCAAGUUUUCACAUCAUAAACAUCAUUAGCAUCACCAUUUUAAUAUGCCUUUGUCAAUAUCAUCAUCAUGGCAUUGUCAUUAUCAUCAUCACUGCUAUUAAUAUUAACUUUCGUACCCAAAUUACAGGUAAAAACAAAGAUGAUCAAUUCAGCUGGAGCAGAUGUUAUACAACACAUGAUUGACAAUUUUGAGCCAUAAGGGUUGAAAUAAUGAUUGGAAGAUGGUGGGUUCCUCACAAGCUACAUUUACAGAGGGAAAUAUAUCAGUCGUCUUAACAAGAUUUUGUCAUCUUAGUUACCAGAAAAUGACAUAUAGAAUUAUUUUGGUUAUCACAAUAAAAGGAAUGCAAGAAAUAGUUACAUGUUCUACCCAAAGAGAGGCUUCUCCAUGUUGACUCUAUUUACCACCAUAUAUUAUUACUUA